UCGCUACCGACGUCAUGUCAUCUCCCCGCCGCGCGAUGUAAUCGUUACGUCACGAUAUACCAGGACGUUACCGCUCUGCUCGCCUCUCUCACUGAGAUCCGAGGAGGAAAUGAAAUCGAUUUGGUGGUGGAUUUACUGGUAAAGCCCUUUUCGACAAGGACUUUUCAAGAAAAGCUGGAAUGUGUGAGGAAGGGUCGACGAACCCCGCAGCUAGCAGCCCUGUCCCAGCCAGGGAAAGGAUUUGUGCGGCACUUUCAAUCGAUCAACUACGAAAGAAUUGGUCUAAUGGAGCAAAGGCACUCAAAGUUGAGUAAAAAAAUACACCAGUGCGACCAGUGUCCUUACAGCACAGAUCAAACUGGAAACUUGAAGCAACACCAGAGAAGACACACAGGAGAGAAACCUUUUAAGUGCACUGUGUGUGAGAAAGCAUUUGCAUACUUAUCAGGUUUUCAAAACCACCAGAGAACACAUACAGGAGAGAAACCCUUCAAGUGCACUCUGUGCGGGAAGGCAUUUGCACAGUUAUCACACCUUCAAAACCACCAUAAAACACACACGGGUGACAAGCCAUUCAAGUGCACUGUGUGCAGGAAGACAUUUGCUCAUUUACCAACUCUUCAGAACCACCAGAGAACUCACACAGGUGAGAAACCAUUCAAAUGUACUGUGUGUGAGAAGGCAUUUGGACACCCAUCACAUCUUCAGAACCACCGGAGAACACACACAGGAGAGAAGCCCUUUAAGUGCACUGUGUGCGGGAAGGCAUUUGCACGGGUAUCAUACCUUAAAAACCACCAUAAAACACACAUAGGUGCCAAGCCAUUCAAGUGCACUGUAUGCAGGAAGACAUUUGCUCAUUUACAAACUCUACAGAACCACCAGAUAAAUCACACAGGCGAGAAACCAUUCAAGUGUACUGUGUGUGAGAAGGGUUUUCAACAGUUAUCACAUCGAAACAGGCAUCAAAAGAUGCACAAGGAAAUGAAUCUGAAAUCGGCUUGUGAAAGUCACAGUGCUGCAAUGAACCCAUCCCUCGUGAAAAAAGAACCAGAAGAAAAACCCAGUUUAGAUGCUUUGAAAGGAAUCAAGGUGACAUAUAAAGAGGUGAAGGUGAAAUGUGAUGUGAUGUUGAAGAGCGAAGUAGUGACGGUAAAGUGUGAAGACGAAGAUUCAACUCCAAAAUCGGACCUUCACAUUGAUGGAGACAACGUAAAGCAGGAGAAGAAUUCUGACUCGGAGGCAGAUCGAGACAACUCCCAGCAGUUUGUGGAUGUGGAGGUGUGGGUGGACUUCGUAGACAAUACAGAGUCACAUGGAGUCUCGGUAGAAGUGUAAGCUUGAAACGAUGAAGCUCCAUUGCUUUUGUUCCAGACCGUUGUUGUAUUCUAACCUAUAAAAGGCAUUUUUUGUCUGUCUGUCUGUCCCUCUGUCUGCAUACGCUCGCUUGCGGGGGAUUUGGCUCUCGGACCGUGGGGUUGACGGCGAAAAAAAUUUGCUGGGCGACACGCCCCGAGCCCCGCAGUGGAAAUAGGCUAUUCUGUUUUCCCAUCCCUAAACUUUAAAGUAGUUGAAAUCGCUUUUUUGUGCGAUAUCUCUAUUUACUUUUGCCGCUCAAGCUGCCGGAGUAAAUUCAUCAAAGUGUCACGUCCUCUUCCCCCCCCCCCACCCCAAUGUGUGCACUUACUACUAUAGCGUCGGUAGAUACUAAAAUUAUCGCGUUUAGACAGGAUUAUUGUAGCGGGGGGGGGGGGGGGGGGGGAGUUAGCGGCCCAAAAUAUGUUUAAAAACUUCUGAAAACUUACAAACAUAACAUACAAAUUAAAAAACGCAUUAAUAAAAAUUAAAAACCUAGCGCACCACUAAUUGAUUAUUUAAAUCGCGCAAAGGAAUCGAAGGUUGUAGAUUACUUUAGAAUCGUCUUGAAACAACGACAUUCAACAGAAACAUCCUAGAUAAACCAGCAAAUCUUAAAAAAAAG